GGAAGCAGUUUUGGGCUUCUACAGAAAAGAAGAUUAGAGGGUGAUACAGAGUAAUUUUGUGUUUCCUCUUCAUCUUUUCACUUCUCUUUCUCUAACCAAGACUUCUCCAAGUGAUUCAAACUGUGAGAGAGAUGGAAUCUGGAAACUCUCCUGACUCUCCUCAACCGGUAGGAGUGGUCAUAAUCACACUUCCUCCGGCUGACAACCCUUCUCAAGCCAAAACCAUUACUGCUUUCACUCUCUCUGAUUUGCCUCCACUUCUACCGCUGCUGGCAGAACAACCCAAGCGCUACCACCCACUGCCAGACCCUUCUCAAGCCAAAAUCAUAACUGCUUUCACUCUCUCUGAUUUGCCUCCGCCGCCGCCGCCAGCGGAACUACCCGAGUGCAUCGACCCACUGUCGGACCCUUCUCAAGCCAAAACCAUAACUACUUUCACUCUUUCUGAUUUGCCUCUACCGGCGCUGCUGCCAGCAGAACUGCCUGAGCACCACCACCCACUGCCAGACCCACCACUUCCCUAUCACUCUGCACUGAACCCAGAACCUCACUUACUAAGAAGAGCUCCCUUUCUCUUUGAUAAUCGGGGAGUUCUUUUUGGGCUUCUGGGUCUCACUCUUGUUGCCCUGAUCUUGUUGGCAUUUCCGUCAUCAAAUGCCCUUUUCAAAUUACACAGUCCCAAUGAUGAAAGUGAUCGCAGCCCCAGUUCCUUCUUCUUCCCUCUGUUUCUGAAAUUAGGUGUUCGCAAGAUGUCACAGCGAGAUAUUAUGCUUAAAUUUGGGAGGGUUUUGAGGAAAGAUUCACAGAAUCUUUUGGUGUGGUUUAAUGAUGGACUGAAAUACAGCAAGAACUCCAAAUUGGUUUCAACUGCAUCGAAUUUCGAUUCGACUGCCAUUUUACCUCUGAGGGGUAAUGUUUAUCCAGAUGGGUUGUAUUUCACAUAUGUGCUUGUGGGAAGUCCUCCAAAACCUUAUUUUCUUGACAUGGAUACUGGAAGUGACUUAACAUGGGUCCAGUGUGAUGCUCCAUGCACUAGCUGUGCUAAGGGAGCACACCCUUUAUACAAGCCCACAAAAUCCAAAAUCAUACCUUCCAAGGAUUCAUUGUGCGCCGAAGUCCAGAGAAAUCAGAAGACUGGAUAUUGUGAAACAUGUCUCCAGUGUGAUUAUGAAAUAGAAUAUGCAGAUCAAAGUUCCUCCAUGGGGGUUCUUGCAAGGGAUGAGUUCCGCCUAAUGUUUGCUAAUGGAUCAUUUAUGAAGUCAAAUUUUGUUUUUGGGUGUGCAUACGAUCAACAAGGCUUACUCCUAAAUUCAUUGGGAAUGACAGAUGGAAUUGUGGGGCUUAGCAGGGCUAAAGUCAGCUUACCUUCUCAAUUGGCAAGUCAGGGAAUCAUUAACAAUGUCGUAGGCCAUUGUCUCACCACCGAUGCAGGACUUGGUGGGUAUAUGUUCUUAGGUGACGAGUUAGUCCCUUACUGGAAAAUGUCAUGGGUCCCAAUGCUCAACAGCCUUUCCACGAACUUGUAUCAUUCAGAGAUUGUCAAAAUGAAUUAUGGAAAUAAAAAGCUAAGUUUAGGUGGCAAGGAUGAUGGACCAAGAUGGGUAGUUUUUGAUAGCGGCAGUUCUUAUACAUACUUCACAAAAAAGGCAUAUUCUGAUUUGAUUGCCUCUCUUAAAGACAUUUCUAAUGAAGGGCAUAUCCAGGAUGUAUCUGACCCCACAUUGCCAAUUUGUUGGCAAGCCAAAUUCCCAGUAAGAUCUGUUUCAGAAGUGAAGCAAUAUUUCAAACCUUUGACUCUUCAACUUGGAGGCAAAUGGUGGUUCGCCUCUAGAAGGUUUCACAUUCAGCCCGAAGGUUAUCUUGUCAUCAGUAAGAACGGGAAUGUGUGCUUGGGCAUCUUGGAUGGAAGCAAAGAACAUGAUGGAGCAGCUUUUAUCCUCGGAGAUGUCUCAUUGCGUGGACAGUUGGUUGUCUAUGACAAUGUGAGGCAGAAAAUUGGAUGGGCACGGUCAGAUUGCAUCCGUCCAUUGAAAUUGAAGGAUCUUCCACCUUUUGUAGGGAUGGAUCUCUAGAGUUCUCCUGUGUUCUGAUGGACACUUAAAACUUGUAAAUAUACCCUCCAGUUCAUAUCCCGCUGUUCAUCUAUUGCAUAAUGUCUGAAUAACUCGGUCCCUGCUGAGUUUUUGUGUGCAUAUAUAUGGAAUCAUACUUGAAAGAGAACAUAAAGAGCAACUGGGUCAUAAAACCCAGGUCCAGACUGAAGUCCUCUUGACCAUUUUGCCCGUACAUCAACAAUUACAGUUGUCUCUAUCCAUUAGAGCACCUGGGACAAUGAUAUCCACACUUGUAAA